UUUGCUCCUCCUCUAAACCAGGAAAUAAAUGUCUAAGAGCAACUCCCAGUCAACUCUCACCGAAGCUCCAGAAAGCAACUCCACCUGUACGAUCGCUCUUCUUUUGCAACGCGGCGUGGAAGACAACAUGGCGAAUGAGUCGAUCAUCCGGAUCCCUCCCUAUCAUUACAUCCAUGUCUUGGAUCAGAACUCCAACGUCACCCACGUGGAAAUGGGGCCCAAGACCUACAUCCGCCAGGAUAAUGAGAGGAUCAUAUUAGCUCCAGAGAAGAUGGUGAUGGUUCCCCCACGACAUUACUGUAUCAUCCUCAAUCCAGUGGUUUGUGGAGCAGAUGGGGCAGUCCAACUUGAUGCUCUGGGGCAGGUCCGGCUCUCGCAUGCUGACUUGGAGAUCAGAAUGGCUCAGGACCCUUUCCCUUUAUACCCAGGAGAGGAACUAAAACAGGAUGUCACACCUCUACAAAUUGUCUGGGCCAACACCGCCCUCCAUCUGAAAGCCCUGUUGGACUUUGAGGACGACCAGGGGGGCAAAUAUGUUGCUGGAGAUGAAUGGUUAUUUGAAGGACCUGGCACCUACAUUCCACAAAAAGAGGUUGAAGUUGUGGAGACCAUCCUGGCCACUAUCAUUCGUCCCAACCAAGCCAUAAGACUUCAGGCCCGGAAGGAAUGCAAGGACAGAGAAGGGAACAAACGUGUGACAGGCGAGGAAUGGCUGGUGAAGAAAGUUGGGGCUUACUUGCCAGGGGUAUUUGAGGAAGUAGUUGACAUUGUUGAUGCUGUCAUUCUGACUGAGAAAAAAGCGCUGCAUCUUCGGGCCACUAAAACAUUUCGGGACUCUCAAGGUAUCCUGAGGAAAACUGGAGAAGAAUGGUUGGUCACCAUGGCAGACACUGAAGCCCACAUCCCUGAUGUUUACGAGGAAGUGCUGGGCAUUAUCAACAUCACCACCUUGAACAGUUGCCAGUACUGUGUGGUUUGUGACCCAGUAGGUGUAGAUGGCAAACCUCAACUUGGGCAGAAGAAGGUCAUAAAGGGCGAGAUAUCAUUCUUCCUGCAGCCUGGAGAGUGGUUGGAAGACGGGAUCCAGGGCAUUUAUGUCCUGUCUGAAGAAGAUGGUCUCUUAUUACGCGCACUGCGUCCCUUGGAAGACAAAAGCGAGGAUGAUGAGGACAUUCUGCGCAAGCCAGGUGACCGCUGGCUGAUCCGAGGCCCUCUGGAGUACAUACCACCUGCAGAGGUAGAAGUGAUGGAACAACGGCAUGCUAUUCCCCUGGCUGAGAACGAAGGCAUUUAUGUCCGGGAUAUUAAGACAGGAAAGAUUAGAGCUGUGAUUGGCCAUUCUUACAUGCUGUCUCAGGAUGAGGAACUGUGGGAGAAACACCUGCCAGCCCAUGUGGAGGAUUUGUUGACCACAGACAGGGAUCCUCUUCUUGAUCGUUCCAAAGCUAGCUCUGAAAAGGGCACUGUGUUGCCCCGUGAUAAGACACGAGCUGUGUCUUACCGUGUCCCCCACAAUGCAGCUGUACAAGUUUAUGACUACAAGGAGCAUAAAUCCAGGGUGGUUUUUGGACCAGAACUUGUGCUUCUGGGUCCAGAUGAGCAAUUCACAGUCCUGAGUCUCUCGGGGGGCCGACCCAAGCGCCCCCACAUGCGCCGUUCUCUGUGCCUCCUCCUGGGGCCAGACUUCUGCACUGACAUCAUCACUAUUGAAACAGCUGAUCAUGCCCGUCUGCAGCUCCAACUGGCCUAUAACUGGCACUUUGAGAUUCCUUUAGUGGCUGAAGCAACCCGCCUAUUCUCCGUCCCAGAUUUCAUAGGUGAUGCCUGUAAGACAUUGGCCUCACGCAUUCGGGGAGCUGUGGCCGCUGUCACCUUUGAUGAUUUUCAUAAGAACUCAAAUCGUCUGAUCUGCGCUGCCGUCUUUGGGUUUGAUGGAGAAGGGGCACUGCGCAGCUCCUUGCGCUUUGCCCCAAACGGCCUUGUCAUCAGCAGCGUUGACAUCCAAAGCGUGGAGCCAGUGGACCAACGGACACGAGAUGCCCUCCAGCGCAGCGUGCAGCUCGCCAUCGAGAUCACCACGAACUCUCAGGAAGCUGCUGCUCGACACGAGGCGGAGAGGCUGGAGCAAGAGGCACGAGGGCGUCUUGAACGGCAGAAAAUCAUCGACCAGGCUGAGGCGGAACGGGCCCGGAAGGAGCUGCUGGAGCUGGAAGCCCUGAGCACAGCUGUCGAGAGCACAGGGGCAGCCAAGGCAGAGGCCCAGUCCCGAGCAGAGGCGGCCCGAAUUGAAGGAGAAGGAGCCGUUCUGCAGGCCAAGCUGAAGGCUCAAGCAACUGCCAUAGAGACUGAAUCAGAACUGCAGCGUCUUUCCCAAGCUCGGGAACAAGAGCUGCGCUUCUCCAAAGAACAAGCUGAUUUGGAUGUGGCCCGGGCAGAAGCUCUUGCUGCUGUCGAAGUCAAGAAAUUUGAAGCAGUGAUCAAGGCUCUCGGAGCCAGCACUAUCCGAGACAUUGCAGUGGCUGGGCCAGAGAUGCAGGUGAAACUGCUCCAGGGUUUGGGAAUCCAGUCCACCCUUAUUACAGAUGGUUCUUCUCCUAUUAACCUCUUCACAGCUGCUGGAGGACUGCUGGGGAUUCUGCCCAAGCCUUCUGAGACAUGAAAUAGCGGAAAAACACCACUCCAAAUAUACCAAAUUAAUACUCCCUAUCAAGUUUUUAAUGAGUGCCUGGCAAGAACAUGACAGGGGACCAUGUUGCUAUAAUACUGUGCUUCCCCAGAAUUUGUUAGCCUUCUGAUGGGGGCAAAGUAUAAAAUAAACAUUAUCUUCUCUGUUCCAUACCA